UCGUCGUCGUCAUCGUUGCGGACCCCGGUUGCUCCGGUAACGGAAAACUGCAAACAGACUCGAGGAUUUGCGCCAGCCCUAGCAGCAAUAGCAGCAGUGUGGGUUGUGUUCUGUUUUUUCCCCUGUUUUUUGGGACGGAAAAUCGUAUUCAAAACUUCCUCACCUGGGGAGAGGGCAGUAUAUCGUGCACUUUUAUUACAGUUCCGCGUGUUUGUGCGUGUGUGUGUGUGAUCCUUCGUGUGGUACAAAAACAGUGGUGGUGUGUGCUCCAACCUAAUAGUCCCUGUAGGUACAGGAGACAGGAGACAGGCUAGAGGUUGCGAUAGUGUUGUCCCUGUUUCGCCCCCUCCCCCGCAAAUUGCCGGGGUCUAGUGCCGUUCAUUUCGGAAGGACCCUUUGGUUUCCCCUCGGGCGAACCUGUGGCCGAAAGUAUUAAACACCGAUACACGCCCGAACGGAGUGGAGGAGCCAUUCGGCCGUGCGGUAAAGUGUUAGGGAUUUAGAGUAGGCGCUGGAUUGCUGUAACCCACCACCCAGCGGUGUAGGUGCCGGUGGAAGGGACCUGUGGUGUUGGUGCUGGUGUUGGUCCUAAGAGCUGGACUCAGAACCCUGCGACGGGUUUGAUCCGCAGUCAAGCAAUCAGUCGGUGACCGAAGGUCUACCAGUGCCUACACGGGCCAGUGCGUGUACAGUUCCAGCCCUUCCAGCCGUACGGGAACACUUACACACAUCAACCAGCAGAGCGCUAGAACCCAACAGUUCACGGACAGUACAGGUUGUGCAAUGAGUUGUUGUGUCGUCCGGUGUGAGAUCUGAAGAACAUCUUCACCAUACCCGUUUAUUGUCAAGUGUGUAUGUGUAUGUGACAUUACCUGUGGCUUGCUAGCUACGAACAAGAUCUUCCAGUUUUUUUUACCGUCAACAAGAUCGCCAGCAAGACAGAGAGUGCGUGUUUGCGAGCCCGUGUCGUAGCUCAACGUCGGGUAACGGAAGUUAAGCCAGUUUUGGUGCUAAGCCAGCUGUGUUGCGGUUCAAAGAGAAACAGUUGUGAACGCAGAAACAGUUCUAGCGCAGUGCCCAGAAGCAGAAGACCAGCGACCGUGGUGUCUACCGUUAGGUCCAUGUCACGGUGAUGUGAUUACUGCAAGGACGGAGUGCGAUCAGUGCAACCCGAAACGGAACCAUGGCACCCCAAAACUCGACCCUGAUUCACAACGACUCGACGGCCGGAUCGGCCUCGGCGGUGGCCACCUCGGCGGAAGAGCUGAGCAACUUUAGCCCUAUCCUACCGCCCCGCAACCAUCAUCACCAUCACCGGCACCACCAUCAUCAUCACCACCAUCACCACCAUCAUCGUUCGAGCAGCCAGCGCCAAAAUGAACCAUCCACCCAGCUGGAGGAUAGUGAAGCCGGUCUCCCGUUUGCCAGCAGCACUCUGGACGGUGACGACGGUACGGGAGGAGAGGCACAGCCGGCACGUGGCACGAAAUCAACCACCAACACUAGCGACGACGCAGCUGGGGCCAAAUGCACAAACACCAACACAAUCGCCAAACCAUCGUCCUCGUCGGGAAACGUUGCAUCCACUUCGCGGGGUGGUAGCUUCCGAGCGGACGUUGUGACGGCGGACCGGGAGCUGCAAUCGCUGCCGGUUGGAUGGGCAGGAUGCGGCACGACGCUACCGGAACCCCGUGCCUGCGGCACCGGCCGUGGUACGGUGAAGCGAGAACUGCUCAACUCCAUACCCUACCACAGCCAUACACACGUCCCCAACCCAAUCCACACCGAAAGCCCCGACUCGGACGGCAACGGAACGGACGAUACGGACGAUGCGUACGACGCCAUCACACCGGAACCACCGAGGCCGGCCACCAGCACUACUCCUGCACCAUCGACCGAGCCGGAAUCCGAACCUACCACCGCCACCACCACCACCCCGUCCGCCGACAUCGAAAUACCGAUCUGGAUCCGGGGCGAGGCACGGUUCGUGUCCGGCAUCAACGCUACGACCACGUGCAGCAACAUUAUCCGGGCACUGAUCGACGACGAAAUCCAGAACGGAAACUACGGACCGGAAGAUGUCGCAGUGUCGCGUGACGUGAGCGAUUACGUGAUAAUAGAACGAUGGCGUGAGGUCGAGCAGGUCCUGACCGGCGACACACGCAUCCUUUCGAUCUGGAACGCGUGGGGCGACGCCAAAAACGAGGUGCAGUUCCGUUUGAAGAUAAACAAAACUAACCUGGAAAAGGGCGCUGCCGGUGGCAAGGAGAACAAAUCGAAAAAGCAGAAGGAAAAGAUCGGACUGAUCAAUCGCAUGAUGCGCAAGGUACUGAAGCAGGGCGAAGCCAUCCAGAACCAUCUGUCCCAGAUCAGCCAAAAGUCGACGGAGAAGCGACAGCAGGAAAAGUUCCGCAAGUAUGUGCGCAAAAACUGUGGCAAGCAUCUGAUUAUGGAGAACUUCCUGCACGAUGCGGCCACCAACAAUCUGUCCGACCUGUCGGUGGACGGGGAGCCGCUGGUUGUGAGCGAGCGGGAAGUGAAAGAUGCCAAAGUGCGCCGCAGUACGUUCCCGGGCAAGUUGCUGUUUUCCGCCCGGAAAUCAUCGUCAGCUGGAGCUGCUGCCGGUGGUGGUAAGGAAAGGCCAGGGGCCCGAGUGCUGAAGAACGUGCUGUUUGAGUCGUCCGACCAGCUGGCCGAUGGUGGGAAAGCAAACGAAGACGAGCUGCUGCUGGUGAUUGAUCACACUUCCGACAGCGACAGUGGCAUCUUCACCAACAACCACGCGCUGAGUCGCCGGGACACGCUGCCCAAGCGGCCCAACUUUGGCUCGAUGGUGGAGAUCGAUCGGUACGCAAAGGACUCGGACGAGCUUGCUACCGAGCUGGGUGGAAAGGAGGAGCACGAGCUGCUGGAGGGUUCGGGCGACAGUGCGAAACGACAGCAGAAGUACCACCGGUCGAAGCGUCGGUACGACUCGCUGCGCUGUCACCAUCAGCACAGAAAACCAUCAUCGGCCGAGCUGGAGUACACACUGUCGGAGGACGACGGAGUGGCGUCUACCAGCGGUGGCCGACGAUCGGCCGAUCGGGACCAGGAGCUGGUGGAGCUGGUAGGCGAGCAGGACGAAGAGGACGAUGUGGUGGAAGAGGAGGACUUUACGCCGCCGGUCGAUGACUUCGAGUCGGACGACCAGUGCGAGCUGCGCAAGGGCACGUUCAAUAGGACCUCGUUCCGGUUCGAUCUGAUCCGGCAGGAGAUCGCGACCAAGAUGGCGGAGAUGCAGCAUCUGCUCGAGCAGGAGGAGGAGCUGCUCCGCCGGCUGAAGCUGAAGAGUGCCAAAUUCCAUGCCGAGAAUCAAAUCUACCGCUCGCACAUCGGGCUGGACUUCCACGUCGAGCGGCUGCAGCAGUCGAUCGACCGGUGUGCCAAGGAGAUUAUCGAAAUCGAGCAGCAGCUGCUCGAAACGAAGAUGGAGAUCGAGGAGAAGUCACCGCUGAUCGAUAAUCUGCGCGCCCUGCUGGAGGCACAGGAAGCGGGCCAGUGCUAUCGGCGGCCGGCCGGCAAACAGAGCGGCGCAGGGCAGGAGCAGCAGCAGCAGCAACAGCAGCGAUACGGCAUGACGAAACACUUCCGAACUGGAUCGGUCGAGGAGGGUGAAGCGCUCAGUGCGGACACCUGCUUUACCCAUGCACCGUCGGCCGGAUCGCGCCACAGUUUGGCACCGAGGCGCAAAUCAUCGAACCCUCCGUCCGCCAACGAGUCGGUCGAGUUUGUGGACAAUAUUUACGAGUUUUGUGAUAAUAAUCAGAGCUUUGUCGUGUGAGAAGCGAACGGCAAACGAACUGGGCCAACUUGUUACUAGGUUUAGUACACGAUCGACGAUAGUGCGCGUAGUAAGCUUCUUCGACUGCUACUAGAUAAAGGGCGAAAGACGUGAGCAGAAGGCUCUCUUCUGGAGGAUACACCCGCAAAUAAUUGCACUAAAGAGAAACGCUUACGGGGAGGGAGAAACGAACGAAAAACACGCGAGACCUUAUUUAAACAACGAAACGUUACGAAUAUACAUACAUAUAUUUUUAUCUGUUAUAGGAUGCCCGUACCAAUGCCUCCGUCCCACUGUGAAAGCGUGCGUUAUAUUAAAUAAAAAUAUAUAUAUUUACCCCCAUGCAAGUAACCAGAACUAGGUGCUGGGAUAUGUAAGCAUGCAACUGUUUGA